UCAACCCACAAUUCUACACCUUCAACUCUCAAAACUUUUCAAUUACACACCUCACUUUUUUGUCUCCAAGAGAAGAAAUGGCAAAACCGAUGAGUUCUUUUGUUCUUUUAGUGCUUUUCUUGAUCCUUUUCUUUCAUUUAUCUUUGGCUAUUCCUGUGACUUACAAUGUGCUCAGUUUAGGAGCCAAAUCCGAUGGCAAAACUGAUUCUUCAAAAGCAUUUCUUGAUGCAUGGAGUAAAGCCUGUGGCUCGACCGAGGCCGCCACCGUUUAUGUGCCACCGGGGAGGUUCUUGCUAGGCAAAGUUGAGUUUAAAGGCCAAUGCAAUAACAACGAUAUUGUUAUACGUCUUGAUGGCACUCUUGUGGCUCCAUCAGAUUAUAACGUUAUCGGAAAUGCUGGAAAUUGGCUUAUGUUUGAAAAUGUUAAUGGAGUUUCUAUUAAUGGUGGCACUCUUGAUGGUCAAGGUGCUGGCCUGUGGACUUGCAAGAAGACUGGCAAGAGUUGCCCCAGUGGUGCCACGACACUGGAGUUUAGUAACUCGAACAAUAUUGUCAUAAAUGGAUUAACAUCUUUGAAUAGCCAGAUGUUUCAUAUUGUUAUCAAUGGCUGCAACAACGUGAAAGCACAAGGGGUUAAGGUUUCAGCCUCGGGCAUCAGCCCUAACACCGAUGGAAUUCAUGUUCAAUCUUCUAUCGAUGUCACAAUCAUGAACUCCAGGAUUGGGACCGGUGAUGAUUGUGUAUCAAUUGGCCCUGGUGCCACUAAUUUAUGGAUUGAAAAUGUUGCUUGUGGCCCUGGCCAUGGCAUCAGCAUUGGUAGUCUUGGCAAGGAUCAAGAAGAGGCUGGAGUGCAGAAUGUGACAGUAAAAACUACGACUUUUACGAGUACUCAAAAUGGAGUGAGGAUCAAGUCUUGGGGUAGACCUAGCAGUGGUUUUGCAAGGAACAUUCUUUUUCAACAUGCCAUCAUGAACAAUGUCCAAAAUCCUAUCGUCAUUGAUCAAAAUUAUUGCCCUGACAACAAAAAUUGCCCUGAUCAGGCUUCAGGGGUUAAAAUUAGUGAUGUGAAAUACCAAGAUAUUCAUGGAACUUCUGCAUCUGAAGUUGCCGUAAAGUUUGAUUGCAGUUCACAGUAUCCAUGCUCUGGGAUAAGCUUGGAGGAUGUGAAGCUCACAUACAACAAUCAACCAGCUAAAGCAUCAUGUAGCCAUGCCGAUGGAUCAGUUUCUGGCGUUGUUCAGCCUAGCAGUUGCUUGCUCCAAUGAAAAUUUCAUGCAAUUGUUAUGUUAUAAUUUACUAUAGCUAUUGCUAGCUUUUACAAAAAUGUUGUAGAAUGGAGUCCUAGAAGGCCCAAAAAUAUUGGGCCACUGUCGUAUGUGGUGGCAAUAUAAUUAUGGUUUAAUUAGUAGUUAUAUUUUGCUUGAGCCUGUGGCGUUUGCCUAUUCAUUAGGCUUGUUUUGUCGCCUGGCCUUGCAAUAUUGUAAAGAGAAGUCCAAAUCUUCUCGUUCUAAGUGUUUUUAUGAUGU